GCGCCGGAUCACGUGACCCGGGCCCCGCCAGCCACCUUAUAAACCGCGCGCUGAGCCGCGGGCCCAACUCCGGGCAGUCCGGGCCGGCGCGUCCAGCGCUUCCUCCUUUGGGACCCCCUCCGUUGGCGAGCCCGCGGGCGGGCGCCCCUCGGCCAGGAAAGCCCGUCCCACUCCGGUGGCUGAUGCCCAGACUGGACGACCACUUCUGGAGCUGCUCGUGUGCUCAGGGCGCCAGGCACCGAGGCCGCCCGGCAGCCCGCGCCGGAGGGCUGGCGGCCAAGGUCGGGGAGAUGAUCACCUCCUCGGUGGCCGGGCCCUCGCUGCGGGCCGCCCGCAGCGCCCCCGACCCCGACCCAGCUCCCGCGCCUCUGGGCCCUGGCGAAGGGGGCUACGCCACCAGCUGGCACCACCACCUGCUGCAGAGGAGCCUGGUGCUCUUCUCCGUCGGGGUGGUCCUCGCCCUCGUGCUCAACCUGCUGCAAGUGCAGAGGAACGUCACCCUGUUCCCCGAGGAGGUGAUCGCCACCAUCUUCUCCUCCGCCUGGUGGGUCCCUCCCUGUUGUGGGACGGCGGCUGCGGUUGUCGGCUUGCUGUACCCCUGCAUCGACAGUCACCUCGGGGAGCCCCACAAGUUUAAGCGGGAAUGGGCCAGCGUGAUGCGCUGCGUGGCGGUGUUCGUAGGCAUCAACCAUGCCAGCGCUAAGUUGGAUUUUGCCAAUAAUGUUCAGCUCUCCCUGACUUUAGCGGCCCUGUCCUUGGGCCUUUGGUGGACAUUUGACCGUUCGAGAAGCGGCCUUGGGCUCGGGAUCACCAUCGCCUUCCUCGCCACGCUCAUCACCCAGCUGCUGGUGUACAACGGCGUCUACCAGUACACCUCCCCAGACUUCCUCUACAUCCGCUCCUGGCUUCCCUGCAUCUUCUUCUCCGGGGGCGUGACGGUUGGGAACAUAGGACGACAGCUGGCCAUGGGCGUCCCCGAGAAGCCACACAGCGACUGAGUCUCCCGCCACCGCCUCGGGGGACAGCGGGCGUGGCACUGACACCCAGGCAUGGACGUGGACGGGACAGCGACAGUCUUCCCUCGGAUCGGGACCACGGAGACGGGGACUCACCCGGGACUCCUGGAAACCGCUCGCCCGUGCAGAUGAGCAGGUGCCCAGGGGACAGCUCGCCUGGAGAUGCCACCUCAGCUCCCUCGCACCUGCCCUGCCCUGCCCUGCAGACCCAGGACCCGGCGGGGGCAGGGGCCACGGGCGCCAUUUCCGGGCGUCCCAUGCUGUUUCUCUCAUAAAAAGCAAGUUGCCAUAUUACAAAGCCUUGAACUAAAGCCCAAGUCCCAGCUCUUGGUUUGGGGUCCUGCCACAGUGGAGAGCUUGCAGGUGCUUAACGAAGGCAAGUGUGUUAACAUAGGAAUGAUAUUUAUCCCAAGAUUUUACAAAUAGGGCUGUGUGCAAAGCGCUGCAGCAGGGCACCUGGUGGCCAGGACAGGCCCAUCGCUCGUGGCGCAGUGGGGUCGCGGUGCCCUCGGAGACCGUCGCACUGAGUGGGGGCAGCUCUGCAGGGGACGCGUGGACGAAGUCGGGUCUGCCCCAGGUUUCCGCCUCCAUGAGCCGGACUGCUGUGUCCUCGAUGCUCCAGCGUCGAGAGGACUUCCCUCGGCCCUAUAGGAUCUGCAAUCUGUGAUUGCCUUGUGAACUACGCGCCCUCCCUGCUCCAACACUGUUUCUUUCUGUGCUGAGGUGCGAGCACAGUGCAUCCACCUGGUGGCCAGGCCACGGGGCCGUGCGAGCACAGUGCAUCCACCCGGUGGCCAGGCCACGGGGCCCGGUUUGCAAGCAUCAGGUCCUUCACUUCAAGUGCAAUGUGUACGAAAACCAAUCUGAGCCUUGUAUUCUCUGCAUAUUUAUUUUUUUUAAUGAGUGAGAUGUUAGAGGUCUCCAUUUCAGCCCUGCAUGGAGGCAGGUCAGCAAUAAUUCCUCCCGGGAAGUCGCUGUUGCCAUGCCUGCUUGAGCCCGCUCCUUUCAGCUCUCCAGUUCUGUGGGUUUCAGUAACUCACUUACAAUGUAUCCUCUUUGUGUUUUGAAAUGUACAUGUGUUUGGUUUAGAUUCUGGGAAAGCAGCUGGUUAAAGGCUCCUGGGGCGGAAGCCAGCGGCAGCGCUGGGCCCUGGCUGCCGGGACCCGGCUGUCUGGAUAAGAGCUCUCACAGUGAUGCUGAGUUCCUGUGGCUGGUUUGUUUGGGGAGAAUGUUGUUGAGAAAAUGGGAUUGUCCUGAAGUUUGCAAUGAGCCCCUGUACAUUCUCUGAAGAUGAAUGAUGAGAAUAUGCAAAGAUUUUUUAACAGAGACGCCAGCAUUUUGUGAAAACCGGAAGUCAUUAUCUGAAAGCAGUCAUCGAAUCUAAAUAUAUUUGAUGAGGGCAAACAACUAGUGUUUUUUCCUCUGCAGCUGGAAGUAAAUCUGUAUCCCUUAGAAAUAAUGUGGCCAAAAAAUGUGAAUCUGGUAACUCCCUUUGCCAAUACUUUACAGCAAGUACAUGAACCAAAGUGACCCAAGUUGGUAGUCACGUGUGUGACCAGCGUGCACGACGCCAGAAGGAGCAGCCGGGAGGUUCUCGUCAUACUCAUUGUCAGCAUUGUGUUCUUUUUGCAUUUGUUUUUUAUGUCUAUUAAAGGUUCAAAACCAA